CAGAUAUGCUUGUAUUAGAGGAUAAUUUUUUCAAUUCCCCCCAAGGAAAACUGUUCGAUUUGGUGGAACUGUGACAGAAGUCUUGCUGAAGUACAAAAAGGGUGAGACAAAUGAUUUGGAGUUGUUGAAGAAUCAGUUGUCAGAUCCAGACAUAAAGGAUGACCAGAUCCUUAACUGGCUGCUAGAAUUCCACUCUUCUAUCAUGUCCUUGACAAAAGACUUUGAACAGUUGAGGUUGCCUUGGUUGAAAAAAAGUCAAACAGUGGUGGAGGAAUAUUUGGCUUUUCUUGGUAAUCUUAUAUCAGCAAAGACCUUGUCUUAGCAUGAUUGAUUCCCAUUUUGUACCUCCUCGAGUGAUCAUUAAGGAAUGUGAUGCAGAUGUUUCAGAUUCUGAUGAUGAAGAUGAGAGCCUUCUUGCAAAUUUUGACACAUGUCACAGAGCCUUGCAAAUAAUAGCAAGAUAUUUCCCAUUGAUAUCAUGGUUUCUUAUGCCAAUACUGGUGGGAAAAUUUCCAUUCAUUUGAAAAUCGGAGAGAAUAUUGGAAUGUUACGUUCACAAUUUGCUAAGAAUUAGUGUAUAUUUUCCAACCUUGAGGCAUGAAAUUGGAGCUUAUUAUUGAAAGGCUACUCAAGUUGGAUGUGAGUGCAUCCAGGCAGGAUAUUGAAGAUGCUGAGGCAACAGCCACUCAGACUUGUGUUGGGACAGAUUCCACAGAAGGAUUGUUUAAUAUGGAUGAAGAUGAAGAAACUGAACAUGAAACAAAGGGUGAUCCUGAACGGCCUGAUGAGAUGGUACAUCCUACAGGUAAACGCCUGGACCUCCUACUGUCACUGCUUUUAUCCUACAUUAAGGAUGUGUGCUACACAGAUGGUAAGAUUGAUAAUAACAAAACUAAGGAUUUAUAUCAAGAUGUAAUAAACAUCUUUGACAAAAUCCUGUUGCCCACCCAUGCCUCCUACCAUGUACAGUUUUUCAUGUUUUACCUCUGUAGCUUCAAAUUGGGAUUUGCAGAAGCAUUUUUGGAACAUCUCUGGAAAAACUUACAGGAUCCGAAUAACCCUGCCAUCAUCAGGCGAGCUGCUGCAAAUUAUAUUGGAAGCUUUUUGGCAAGAGCUAAAUUUAUUCCUCUUAUUACUUUAAAAUCAUGCCUUGAUCUUUUGGUUAAUUGGCUGCACAUAUACCUUAAUAACAGGAUUCAGGAACAAAGGGAUUUUGUGAUGUUGCUCUCCAUGGACCAUUUUAUUCAGCCUGUCAGGUGGUGUUCUACACUUUGGUUUUUAGACACAAGCAGCUCUUAAGCAGAAAUCUAAAAGAAGAUUUGAAGUUAUCUUCAAAGUCUAAAUUUUGGACGUAUUGUGAUGAGUCAGCUAAAUCCUCUAAAGAUUUGCCUACUUUUGGUGGUUAACUUUUUUGCUGCUAUCACAAAUAAAUAUCAGCUGGUCUUCUGCUAUGCUAUCAUUGAGGGGAACCAUCACUAGAUGCUACCAGUUAUUAGAAAUACAGCUGGUGAAGACUCAGUGCAAACCCCUACGAACCCCCUUGAAACCUUCCUUCCAUUUGAUCCUUGUGUGCUUAAGAGGUCAAAGAAAUUCAUUGAUCCUAUCUAUCAGAUAUGAGAAUACAUGAGUGCUGAAGAGCUUCGGGAGUUUAAGAAACCCAUUAAAAAGGAGAUGAUAGAAGAUGAAGAUGAUAAUUUUUUAAAAGGUGAAGAGCCCCAGAAUGAUACUGUGAUUGGGAUUACACUGAGCUCCUUUGAUGCACACUUCCAAAGUCCUUCAAGUAGCAUCAGCUCCCCACCUGUA